AAGUGUCCGGACUGGAAGGGGGGGGGGAAAGUGUCCGGACUGGAAGGGGGUGAAAGUGUCCGGACUGGAAGGGGAGGAAAGUGUCCAGACUGGAAGGGGGUGAAAGUGUCCGGACUGGAAGGGGGGGGAAAGUGUCCGGACUGGAAGGGGGUAAAAGUGUCCGGACUGGAAGGGGGGGAAAGUGUCCGGACUGGAAGGGGGUGAAAGUGUCCGGACUGGAAGGGGAGGAAAGUGUCCGGACUGGAAGGGGGUGAAAGUGUCCGGACUGGAAGGGGGGGGAAAGUGUCCGGACUGGAAGGGGGGGAAAGUGUCCGGACUGGAAGGGGGGGAAAG